CUUGUGCUGAAACCCACCGAGGAACACACAACAAACAAGACUUGCAUACGUCCCAAACUCCCAAAUCGCCCUCUUUGCAAUCGCUUCUUCCGUUCCAUUUCAGUAGCCCACAACUUCGCAUCAGAAAGCGAAAGAUAGAGCAACCAUGUCGCUGGUGAGGCGCAGCAACGUGUUCGACCCAUUCUCCCUCGACCUCUGGGACCCCUUCGACAGCGUGUUCCGCUCCGUCGUCCCGGCCACCUCCGACAACGACACCGCCGCCUUCGCCAACGCCCGCAUCGACUGGAAGGAGACGCCGGAGUCGCACGUCUUCAAGGCCGACCUCCCCGGCGUCAAGAAGGAGGAGGUGAAGGUGGAGGUGGAGGAAGGCAACGUGCUGGUGAUCAGCGGCCAGCGCAGCAAGGAGAAGGAGGACAAGAACGACAAGUGGCACCGCGUGGAGCGCAGCAGCGGGCAGUUCAUGCGGCGGUUCAGGCUGCCGGAGAACGCCAAGGUGGACCAGGUGAAGGCCGGACUGGAGAACGGCGUGCUCACUGUCACCGUGCCCAAGGCCGAGGUCAAGAAGCCUGAGGUGAAGGCCAUUGAGAUCUCCGGUUAAGCUCCUGAAGAUGUGAUCGGUGAGGGAAGAAGUCAUGUUUGGUGUCAGUAAUUCAGUAUUUCAGUGUGUGUUUGUUUGGUCGUGCAAGUAUGGUCUGCUGCUGGUGUGUCGUACCCGUUGGGAGUCCGAGUGGCUGAGUCGGCCGGUUUCAUGUAUUCCUUUGUGAGUACUUGUGUAAUCGCCUUCUUAGUUCUUGCUCGUUGAGGAAUAAAUAAAGAGCUUUUCAGGUUGCAAACAUCAU